GAGAGUAGUCAUUAGUGAAAAAACCACUAGGGUUCUUCGACUUGUACGGAAGCAAAGCAGGCGAGGGAGAAACAAUGAGUCGGAGUUUGGGUAUACCGGUGAAGCUACUGCACGAGGCGUCGGGUCACAUCGUAACUGUGGAGCUCAAGAGUGGAGAGCUUUACAGAGGAAGCAUGGUUGAGUGCGAGGAUAACUGGAAUUGCCAGCUCGAGAACAUCACCUUCACUGCUAAAGAUGGGAAGGUUUCACAGCUUGAGCAUGUUUUCAUUCGAGGCAGUAAAGUCAGGUUUAUGGUCAUACCAGAUAUGUUGAAGAAUGCUCCUAUGUUCAAACGUCUAGAUGCUAAAAUCAAGGGCAAGAGUUCAUCUCUUGGAGUUGGCAGAGGUAGAGCUGUUGCAAUGCGAGCCAAAGCUCAAGCUGCUGGCCGUGGCACAACAGCUGGGAGAGGUGUUGUGCCAUCUAUUCGUAGGUAACUUGGUAUUGUGAAGUUCUUUGUAAUCUCUUCUGUCAGAAGCAAAAGGAUUGACUCUUUUCAUAUUGUACUCUUCAUAUUUGAUGUAAAAGGAUUGACUCGUUUCAUUACGUUGAGGAAAAAGAAAUUAGAUAGAGGUGAAGUCAUUUUGCCUGGAUCCAAAAAUGACUGCUCAAUUUCUGUGUGAAUGUUUAAAAUGUUUUAAUGACUUUUUGUAAGGCAGUACCUUUCGGAAAAUGAUAGAUAGGUCUUGGAGAUUUUUAA